AUGCAUCUCUUCCUUCUACUGGGGCUCAUUGCUGCUGCUGCUGCUGCUCAUGCUGCACCUUCCAUUGCCCCCAACAGAGAUUUGCUAAUCGAAGCUCAUCAAUCCCACGCGCAUCCUUGGACACCCUUGUACAUGCGAAGUCAGGGGGCGGGUGACAAGAAUGAGCAUUCAAAUGGUGGCCAGCGACCAAACGGUGACCGCCCAAAUAGAGCUCAGCAACCGAAUGCUUCUCGCCGCUUCAUAGUAAUGGUCGAAUUUACUGGGGCCGCAGGAGAUACCCAGGAUGGUCGACUUCCACCAGUACAUAAUCCUCCAGUGCCCACCCGAGUUUAUGCCCGAGUGGACGCAUACCUCUUUCGAAUAUAUGGUUAUGGUGCACGUCCGAUUGAUUGUGACGUUCGGUUUCCUGACCAUGUGGCAUACAUGUUGCAUGAUGUUGAGGCGGACUUCACUUUUCGAUACCAGUGGGAUGGUGAACGUGAUUGGGAGAAUGUUGAACUUUCGAGAGGACAACCUGGCGCAGACGAUGCGAUGCAUUGGGCAAUGCGCCGAUCACGGCAGGCAAUCAAAUGUUUUGAUGCGUUGGUCUUCAACUUGCAAGCGUCAGACACGGUGAAGAAGAAGAAGAAGAAUUCGUUGGCUAUCAGUCGAGCGCCAUCUGACGUCCUGUUGCUAGUAACACAUAUCAUCUAUUUUAUACUACGUUAUCAGUUUAAUUCGCUACGAAACUUUUGGCCCGCAUCCUAUCCACUCGCUGUCCGAGCCCCGUAUUUAAACACCUGGAUCAAUACUGCUAAUGGGAGUGACUCCUUAAACUUUUGGCCUUUGCACUGGGAUGGGAGUAAUAUCAUGCACUGUGGGGAAGAGGGCGUUUUGGCGCCUCCAAAAUCCGUCCAUUAUCCGUAGAUUUUUACCAAAUAUUGACCGAUUUUGGGACGUCGAAAAGUUUGUAUAAUUCUCAGAUAGCCGGAUAUAGAAUAUAAAGCUCAUA